AUGGACGUACCAGUGAAGCUGGACAGUCGCACCGAUGUCAAGUCUAAAGAAAUCAAUGUUGUAAAACUCCAGAAUGAUCCAAGAGCACAACAAUUUUCUAAGCAAUUACUGGAUCUUGGAGACGUCUUCCCAGACAUAAUAAAUAACUAUUUAAAUCAAUACUGGCUUCGUAACCGUGCAAUUUUGGCAGCGUCUAUCGAUGCUACUGUAGGAGAAGAAGAGGCUGUGAAGACACAUCAAGAAGGCAACCACACAAUCUUCUUGAAAAUUGGAUCCCAGAUUAUUCUACUGCGUAAUUUAAACCCUCCUAAACUAUGCAACGAAAAGUUUAAAGGAGAAACCGAUUUGUUACCACGUAUUCCGAUGAUACCAUUCCAUUUAAAAGGCUACAAUUUCCCAUUCGUUAAGCUUUCGCGAUGUCUAUGAAAAAAUCUCUAGACCAAACAAUUUCUAUUUACGGCUUAGACUUGGAAACCCCAUGUUUCUCCCGUGGGCAAUUAUACGUGGCGUGUUCACGAGUGGA